AUGUCUAAUGGAUCAAUGGUCACCGUUGGAAAUGGACAAACUUUGUCCGAUUUAUUUCAUAAAUUUAUUCGAAUGACUGUUAAAACAGAUGAUCGAGAUGGACGAUUUAAAAAACAUCAUUCGAUUUCAAAAAGUCAACAAAGAUCAGUUUAUAAUUCACCUAAUUCCCAACGAAGUCGACGUUUAGUUGUUCAAGGAACCCCUCGAGUAGCACAAAAUCAAACUAAACGUAUUUCUACUAUUGCUUAUUAUAAUGUUUCACCAAUUACAACUGAAAAUAAUAGUUAUAUUCAUACUGAUGAUGAAGAACAAGAUAGUUAUUAUUCAUAUCAUUCUACUAAUGCAACAAAUACUGGUUAUGGAUCACAUCAUCAAAAUACAAGUGGAAUAGAUCUUCGGGAUAUGGAUGCAUCAUUUGGUGAUAUUGGAUUAAGUAUUACAUCAAAACCUUUAGCAAAAGUUCAAAAAUUGUCUGUUCAAACAGUUCUUAAUGGAUCAUUUCCACGAGUGAGUGAUAAACAACAAUCAACAUCACUUGUAACAGGUAUUACACGAAGUGGAAAAUCAUUUAAUAUAUUAAAUCAAACACCAAAUCAUGAUUCUUCAUUACCAUUUUUAAAUAAUUCAGUUGGAUCACCAGGAGCAUCAGCACGACUACAUCAUACAACUGUUCAUCAUCAUUCUCAUCAUCAUCAUCAUGGAGCUGCAGCAGCAACAGCACGAAGUUUAAGAAGAGAAAGAACUAGAGAAGGAAGUCUUAAAUCAUCAUCAAAAGAUACAGACAUAACAAGUAGUCAUCAUUUAUUUCAACAACAACAACAACAACAACAUCAUCAUUCUCAUAAUACAAGUGGUUCUUCUAUUGUUUCGAAUUCUCAUCAAUUUUCUCGUUCAAAAAGUUUUUUUACUAAUACAUCAUCUGAUAGUAUUAAUAAACCUCCAAGUUUUCCAAUGAAACCAUCUGAUUAUUUUAUUUUGUUAUUUUUUAUUCCAGAAGCUUUAACAUAUUAUGGCGAUAAAUUAACUGAAUUUGAAAAAACUGAAAUAUUUGAUUAUAAUGAAAUUUAUUUUCUUGGUUUGGAAGCAGAAAAAAUAUCUGCAACAAGUGUUAAAGAUUAUGAUGAUGAAAAUGGUUCUUAUAUGAAAAUGAGUAAAGAUCAUAUUUGUUAUCGAUUUGAAAUAUUAGAAACAUUGGGUAAAGGUUCAUUUGGUCUUGUACUUCGAUGUUAUGAUCAUAAAAAAAAAGAAGCUGUGGCUUUAAAAAUAAUUCGAAAUAAAAAACGUUUUCAACAACAAGGUCUUGUUGAAGUUAAUAUAUUAACACAUUUAAAAACAUUAGAUUCGGAUAAUUCAUUAAAUGUUGUUCAUAUAAAAGAACAUUUUUAUUUUCGAUCUCAUCUUUGUAUUACAUUUGAAUUACUUGGGAUUAAUUUAUAUGAAUUAAUUAAAAAAAAUAAUUAUCAAGGUUUUAGUGUACAUUUAGUCAGACGCUUUGCUAAUUCGCUUUUACAAUGUCUUCGUGUUAUGUAUAGAGAAAAAAUAAUUCAUUGUGAUCUUAAACCAGAAAAUAUUUUAUUAAGACAAAAAGGAAGUAGUAGUAUUAAAGUUAUUGAUUUUGGAUCUGGUUGUUUUGAAUCACAACGAAUUUAUACUUAUAUUCAAUCGCGAUUUUAUCGAGCACCAGAAAUUAUCUUAGGUAUACCUUAUACACCAGCGAUUGAUAUGUGGAGUUUUGGUUGCAUUCUCGUCGAACUUUUUACUGGUAUGUUAAUAAGUGUUAUAGAAAUAAAUUUUGAUCAAUUAGAUUGUGAUAAAUUAUCUUGUUAUCCAAUAUUUCCUGGUGAAAAUGAACAAGAACAAUUGGCAAUGAUAAUGGAAGUUAUUGAUUUACCACCAAAUCAUGUUCUUGAACAAGGAACUCGAAAAAAAUUAUUUUUUGAUUCAAAAGGAGUUCCUCGAACAGUUUCAACAAAAUCAUUAAAAAAACGUCGUCCAGCUAGUCGUCCAUUAGGACAAAUUCUUCGAACGACUGAUAAUAAUUUUAUUGAUUUUAUUCGUCGAUGUUUUGAAUGGGAUCCUGUUGAACGUUUAACACCUGAAGAAGGUUUACGUCAUCCAUGGAUUGUUGAAACAAAAUUAAAACGAUCAUCACAUGAAUCACGAACACGAUAUAAAGCAAAAAAAGAUGAUAAUAAUAAUACUACAAAUCAUAAUACAUCAAUUAUUAAUGGAGAUUCAUAUUUUAGUUUAAAUGAAACAACUGGUCAUGAAGAUACUGUUGCAAUUGAAGAAGAUAAACAAAUAAGAAAUGGUGGUUCAUCAACAAUGUUUCCAAGAAUUUCUAAUCAAUAA